CAACGCGUUGGAGCGACGCGUCGUUUAGAAACAGUGAAGAAUUUUCAGUAACCCAGUCUUUGAAGAGUCAGAGAACUCUUGACCAUAGUUCGAGUGCGAUCGGUCAACGUUAUUUUCUGCGAUGCAUUUUCACGGAGGUGUCGUAGCAAUCCUGUCCAUCCAAUUGAUCAUCUUCGCUGGAGUUAUUGACCAUGCCGAAGGAAGAAAAGGUUUCAAUGGAAGCGAGCAGGAAUGGGGCUUCGUGACCGUUCGACCCAAAGCUCAAAUGUUUUGGUGGCUCUAUUACACGACCUCUGACGAGGUGACAGAUGUACACGACAAACCGCUACUGAUAUGGCUUCAAGGUGGGCCCGGUGCUUCGUCAACCGGUUACGGAAACUUUGAAGAAUUUGGACCACUCGACUUGCAACUGAAUCCUAGAAACCACACAUGGGUCAAGGAUUACAAUGUGCUGUUCAUCGACAACCCGGUCGGUUCUGGAUUCAGCUACGCUGAGACUCCAACCGCUUUCGCGAAGACCAAUGCUCAGAUCGCCAGCGAUCUCGUCGAAUGCAUUAGAGGAUUUUACAACGAACUGCCAAAAUGGUUACCCGUGCCAGUCUACAUAACGGCUGAGUCCUACGGUGGAAAAAUGACUGUUGAAUUUGCACUCGAAUGGGACAAAGCACAAAAGGCUGGAACAAUCAAGAGCAACUUGCAGGGAGUUCUGCUCAUCGAUUCGUGGAUCUCGCCGAUCGAUUCUGUACUUUCAUGGGGAACUUUCUUGCUCAAUACUGGCAUGGUCGAUGCUCAAGGUUACGAGAAAAUCGAAGCGUCCGCACAACUGACAAAAGAGGCGGUGGAAAAUGAACAGUGGACUGCAGCGACGAGGCUGUGGUCGGGAACGGAAGGAGUCAUCAUGAGAGUGACAGGAAACAUCGACUUUUAUAACAUUUUGUACAAAAUGAGUUGGUCUACUUUUAAAUCAUCGUCGCAGCCAUUCAAACCGAUUUUGCCGUCUGGAGCAUCGAGAGAAGUUGACACCGACGCGCUCUUGGACGCAUUGAUGAACAACGAGGUUAAAAGCGCUCUGGGCAUCGCGAAAGACGUUGUUUGGGGAUCGCAAAGCAACAGUGUUUUCAGCUAUCUCGGUGCUGAUUUCAUGAAGCCUGCUACCGAUAAAGUCGAACAAUUACUGAACGAGACCGACAUCCACGUGUUCGUAAUCACCGGCCAAAUGGACUUGAUAGUUGCAACGCCAGGUACCAUCGCGUGGGUCGAAAGACUCAAGUGGAAAAACUCAACCGAAUGGCACAAAGCGCCAAGAAAUCCAUUUGCUGUGGACGGCAUCAUCGAGGGUUACCUCAAAGAGUACGGAAACUUGAAAAUGUAUUGGGUCAACAGAUCCGGACACAUGGUCCCAAAGGACAACCCCGCAGCGACAGCAGCAAUGCUCAAACAUCUAACUGCCAAUGGGAAGCGUAUCGAAUGAAACGAAACGUCGGUAGCUUGGACGUUGACACUUGGAAGAAAAUGGAGUUCGAGAGAUACCAUGGAAACGAGUGGAAAAAUGCUUAGUUUUUAAACAGAAUAAUUUUAGUUUCGUCUAUUUACAACUCCCGAGUUACGGUAGAAUAAUAUCGAGGCAAUUCUUAAUUGCCCAUGAAGAAACUGCAGCAUCGUUUAUGAGCGUAUAAACGAAUUGGUGGCUAACGCCAAAGAAAACAUUGGCGGUUGGAAAAAAAGGGAAAAGCAAACGCAUAUUGCGAACAGUUUGGAUAGCGAUAUAAGAGAACGGAAAAUCCUGUGUUUGGAUUUUUAUCGUGCGAAUUUCAGCGGUGAAGCACGAAUCGGAGCUUUUGCCAAUCGCGGGGACAAACGAGUUUCGCGUAUUCGAAAAUAGAUUUUUUUUGGUCCCCAUUCAAUGCAACGACACGAAAGAAAAACAAAAUAAUAAAAAGAGAGCAAAAGCGAAUAUUCGGUUCGAUAUUGAUUACUAAAUAUUUUUCAAGAGACUCGAAAAUUUGCGAAAACUGAACCAAGUAAUUGGCCUAAUUACCGAAACUUUAAAUCAAUGUCAAUGCUAUCUUGACUCAAACUUUUUUUAAACGAUUGACCACGAGAAAAGGACGAGCAAUAUUCACGAUGUGAUCAAAUAAACUGAAUUAUUUACAACUAAACAAACGAACAGUUGAAUCCACGUAAGCCAAAAAAUUCCACAUCAACGGAACGGAAUUCCAUCUAAAUGAACUUGCUCCCUCAUUGAUGGAAAUUCUGUCAAUCGAUUAUUCGCCGGAAAAUCAAGCCCAAUUCCCAUGGCAUGGUUGAAUAGACAAAACCAUUGCGACGAUUCGCGAAUCCCCUCAUUUUAGUCGGUUUCACAAUACGGUCGAAGAAACACUACUAAAUCAUUAGCAAUUCAACAAAGUUGAAAUAGUCGAAGCCCCUAAUCGUUCGCGUCCAUCGAAAUGGGUUUGCUUCCACAAACGAUUUUUCUUGCAGUGAGUAGCUUGUUUUCGACUGUUUAACUUUGGUGGCCAACGAAUAUAAUGCUUACGACUAAGCUACGCAGAUCGUUUUGGUAUAAUUACCGCGAGUCUGUUUACACGGUUGGUCUCGCGGUUAUACUGCCGGUGAGCCAGGAAGAACUAGAGAGCGUGGGUGUCAGGACAGCAUGUGUGUAAACAGCAAUAAAACACCGAAGCUAUAGCGCACAGCCUACGAUACGGUGGCUUCCAGGGGAUUUCGGAAUUACGAACUACUGACUCCUGCGUAACGAGAGGAGCUUGCACACUCCGUCGUGCAACUCGCCCGCGGAGGCGGAGCUUCAAAUGUCGAACGGUAUAUUUAACCCUGAGAAAUAUUGUAAAUUACUGUGAAAAAUAAUAAAACUCGGUUAAAGCAUAAA